AUGGCCCUUAAUUUAGAAGAAGCCAAAGCUCACCUUCGGGAGCACGGGUGGGCCAGGAUUCCGUCGGUCCUGAGCAAGGAGGGGGCCGCCCACACGUUGGAUAGACUCUGGAAGGCCAAAGAAGCGUCUGAGGCGAAGGGGGAGGAUACGUUUCAGCCCAUUCUGGACCCGAAUUCGGCAAAUGUACGCGUGUUCUACCUUCCGGAGCUGGAUGAGCGGUUCCGUGACCUGCUCACGCACCCCACGGGCAUUGAGUUGACCCAGUCAGUGCUCGGGGACAAGUUCCUCGUCAGCAACUUUUCGGCCAACAUCGCGCGACCAGGGGCGCAGAGCAUGGCCCUCCACUCCGAUCAGAGCAUCGUCCUCCCGGAGCCAUGGCAGGAUAUAUGGGCCGUCAAUGUGAUUUGGUGCCUUACCCGAAUGACGAAAGAAAACGGUGCGACUCUAUACAUUCCGGGCUCGAAUCGGUGGACCCGCUGGGAGGAUGUUCCACCCAACGCCCCGGACCUCCUAGUGCCAUUUGAAGCGGAUGCGGGCGACAUUGUGGUCCUAGAUGGCCGUCUGUGGCAUACAUCUGGGAGCAAUGUAACGUCGGAUGAGGACCGUGCCAUCCUGUUUGCGUAUUAUACGGCGCCGUACAUGCGUCAGUUAGUCAACUGGACAGCCAAGUUACCCAAGGAGCUUCAAGAGUCACUGAGCCCGGAGUUGAAGGAAUUAUUGGGACUCAGUCAUAUUGGCUAUGUGGUCCACGGCGACUUAACAUACAUGGCCGACAAAUACCCCAAAGCUAGUCCAUCGUCAGCGCCUACGAGGGGUAAUGUAUGA